AUGGCCCAAUUUGCCCAUCGCCUUGCAGAGAAGGCCCCAGUGCUGGUCAAUGUGGUUGUGACCCCCUUGAAACCUCGAGUGGCCACAUUUUGGCCCUAUGCCAAGGUUGAGCUGACUCCUCCAACCCCUGCUGAGAUCCUACAGCUACUCAGAGCUUGUGAAAAGAGAGCCCACAGCGCUCUGACUGGUGGCUUCAAGCAGCUCACACUUGAGGAAGCUCUGCCGAAUGGUCUGGUGGCCACUGAGGUGCAGAUGCGGUUUUACGUCGGCGAGAUCACAGGCAAGCGGGGCAUCGUUGGCUGUAAUGUUUGA